AAUCUUGAUGAAAGUAUAUAAAGAGCGUCAUUUCACUAACAGAUUUGGCUUCGUGUUGUGCUUUGCGAAGUCUUUUCAGCGGCUAUUAAGUCCAUGCUGGAUAAAAUAAGAAUGGAAAAACCAUGCGCUAGGAUAAUAUGUUUUCGUACAUAUAAACAAUGUUCUAGUUUGGGGUAAAGGACUUUGUGAAAACUCUUUGAUUUGUCAGCGACGACAAAAGGUGGAAUACACAACUACAACACGUGUCAAACGACUUGCGGCACUUACGCGAGUGCAAACGAGAUAGAUAGACCACUAGAAAGGUAGAAACUGUCAAAGAGGUAGUAUUCGCGACAAUCGUGGGAAUUUCUUAGCACGACUUUCAACGAGCCAUUCGAAAAGAGCUAUUUUAUGUGAACAGACGUUAAAAAUAUUACGUUCGGUGAUGUUGCAUUUCUUAGUUAAAUUAAAGAUUUACCUAAGUUACAUUAAUUUGUGACGAAUUAUAGCAUCAGUUUAAAGAAUAUUACACAUACCGCAGGAACAGUGAACUAUAUAAAUUUUUGCAAUCUAGUAUUUUGUGCACUCGUGACGAUCCAGUCUUGCCCCACCAACGGCGGUCGUUUGUUUUGCAUUAUACGCAUCAUCUUUCUACAUAUCAAACAUUAACGCCGCUACGCUAUAUUAUUGUGCUUAUUUACAUAUUAAAUUUUGCAUUUCUGUUGCAAAAAGAUUUUUUCAAAGAUUUGGACUUGUUUUAAUUUUGUUAAUUCUGUGAGAAGACAACAGCCUCAAACUGGCGGAAAAGAAGGUCGCUUUGACGCUAUGCCAGACAUCUGUGCUAAAAGUAUAUUAUGCUGUUAUCGAAGAUGUGAUCGCUAAUGUGCGAGACGCUUUUCUCGAUGAGGGUGUCGACGAACAGGUGCUACAAGAGAUGAAACAAAAUUGGCGCGCAAAAUUGAUGGCAAGCAAAGCGGUGGAAAUAAAUCCCGAACCUCCAGAGCCACAACCACCACCAAUCGUCGCCAAUAAUCCAAAGCCAUCAAAGGCUGCCGCUGCCAAAGCUAAGAAAGCAGCUGCUGCUGCCGCUGCCGCUGCUGCACAACAAAACAGCGGUAAUAAUGCAACAAGUGGCAGCAAUGCGUCCAAUGAUGUAAAGCCAAACAUAACACAGCUGCAGUCGAAUGUGCCAAAUGGUGCGAGUACCUCAGCGAUGGCUACUGGUAGUGUCGGUGGCCCAACCACAUCAGCCGCAGCCAACAACUCGGCCGCAAUUAAUGGAGGAGGUCUUAAGCAGGAACUGGGCAAAUCAGUGUCGUCGCUGAGUGGUGGUCUGGUCAACAACUUACAGAAAUCGAAUGUCAUUGGCAACGCGCAACCAGGUGCGGGGUCUGUGGCAUCAUCGUCAGGAAUUGGCGGCAGUGGUGCUGGUGGCUCACAACAGCAGUCAACAAAUUCAACCAUACCGAUUGUCGCCACUCUUGAUCCAAAUCGCAUCAUGCCUGUAAACAUAACCUUACCCGCACAAACAGGGUCCAUGAACACAGAAUCUCGCGUACUCACCAUACACGUUCCAGCAUCGGCGCUUCAAGAUAAUCAGCUAACACAAAUAUUGACCGCGCAUUUAAUUUCAUCUAUAAUGUCGUUGCCAACAACGCUGGCCUCCUCGGUGUUGCAGCAACACGUGAAUGCAGCGCUUAUCAAUAGCAAUAUGCAGAAAAAUUUCAAUGCUUCAAAGCAACUUGAUGGCGCUUUAGACACUUCAGAUGAAGAUGAAAGUGAAGAAAGCGACGAUAACAUGGACAAUGAUGAUGACGAUGAUUUAGAUAAAGACGAUGACGAGGACGCAGAAAAUGAUGGUGGUGCUGAAGAAGAACCGCUCAACAGUGAUGAUGAUGUGACGGACGAAGACGCCAGCGAUGUAUUCGAAACAGAUAAUGUUAUCGUUUGUCAGUAUGAUAAGAUCACACGUUCACGCAACAAAUGGAAGUUUUACCUGAAGGAUGGUAUUAUGAAUAUUGGUGGAAAGGAUUAUGUAUUCCAAAAGUCAAAUGGAGAUGCGGAGUGGUAAAAACCAAUAGCAUAAGACAAGUCAAGUUAUUUGUUACAAUUAAUGCUACUCCCCACAUUUGCUUCCUGUAAAUUUUGAGCAAAUGUACAUGCCAAAAGACAAACACUUUUAAUUUACCGUUGUUAGACACAUAACCAUUCAUGUUCACAUACUAAUUAAUUGAAUAUAUUAAAUUGGACAAAUUAAUCAAAAUUUAUAUGUGCUGAAAAUGUAAUUUGAAAGCGAGAUAACCUCUUUCCGAAAGAUAAUUGCAUACAAAUAAAACUACUUAUAGCAUUUUGAACAUGCGUACAUAUGUACAUAUACAUACAUGCAUAGCUUUUUUAUGCAUUGGUAGAAUACCUGAUUGAUGGCAAACACUCGAAAGUGCAUUGAUAACAACAGCAAAACAAACAAAUAUUUACACAAAAUUCUUUGUAGAUUAGAAAAGCAAAAGCAAAAGUGUUGAUGAGAAAACACAUUUACUUUUACAUAAAAGUGUAAUAACUGUGUAUUAUUACAAGGUUAAAUAUGAAAGCUGAAAAUAGUUAUUGUAUUGUAUUAUCUAAUUUACAUUAUUAUGAAAUAAAUACAACAAAUUCAAUGCUCCAA